UUGGUUAAUUAAGUAACCAACGAAAACAAAAUGGCUCUAGAACCAAACUUCCUUCUCUCAUGGAUCUUCCUAUGCAUAGCUGCAACAAUCUCCAGCACACUUUUCUUCUUCCGCAAGAAACAGCACAAGUUCAGAUCAAAGAAGCUGCAGCAGCCCAAGAAGAAGCUUCCCCCCGGAGAAAUGGGGCUUCCAUGGAUAGGUGAAACAAUGGAGUUCUACAAAGCUCAGAAAAACAACAGAGUGUUUGAAGAUUUCGUGAAUCCAAGAAUCAUCAAACAUGGCAACCUCUUCAAGACAAAAAUCAUGGGAUCACCAACAAUAGUAGUCAAUGGAGCUGAAGCCAACAGGCUAAUACUAUCUAACGAGUUUAGCUUAGUGGUGAGCUCAUGGCCUUCUUCUUCUGUUCAGCUAAUGGGUAUGAACUGCAUCAUGGCUAAGCAAGGCGAGAAGCAUAGAGUCCUUAGAGGGAUUGUAGCUAAUAGCCUUAGCUACAAUGGGUUAGAGUCCUUAUUACCUAACCUAUGUGACACUGUCCGGUCUCAUCUUGACACCCAAUGGCGAGGCAAGGAAGAGAUUAGUCUCUACCGCUCAACAAAGGCUCUAACCUUUACUGUGGUCUUUGAGUGUUUGUAUGGGAUCAAAGUAGAGCUUGGGAUGUUAGAGAUAUUUGAGAGGGUUCUAGAAGGAGUUUUCGCUUUGCCUGUUGAGUUUCCUUGUUCUAGGUUUGCUAGAGCGAAGAAAGCUAGGGUAGAGAUUGAGACAUUGCUAGUUGAGAAGGUUAGAGAGAAGAGAAGAGAAAUGGAACAAGAAGAAGGUGGUGAGAGACCAAACACAACACUCUUCUCAAGGCUAGUACAAGGGCUGAUCAAAGGCGAGAUAACAGAAGAAGAGGUUGUAGAUAACAUGGUUUUGCUAGUGUUUGCAGCUCAUGACACAACCUCUUACGCCAUGGCUAUGACUUUCAAGAUGUUGGCUCAGCAUCCAACUUGCCUUCACACUCUCCUUAAAGAACAUGUUCAAAUAAAAGCAAACAAAGGGGAAGGAGAGUACCUUACGGUUGAAGAUGUGAAGAAGAUGAAGUAUAGCUGGCAAGUUGUUCGUGAAACAAUGCGCUUAUCUCCUCCAAUCUUUGGUUCUUUCAGAAAAGCAGUUGUUGAUAUCAACUAUGGAGGAUUCACAAUCCCAAAAGGCUGGAAGGUACUUUGGACAACUUAUGGAACUCAUUACAAUCCUGAGAUUUUUGAAGAUCCAAUGAGUUUUAAUCCUUCAAGGUUUGAUAAGGCGGUACAAGCAUAUACAUAUCUUCCAUUUGGAGGAGGGCCAAGGCUUUGUGCAGGUCACCAGCUAGCAAAAGUCAGCAUCCUCGUUUUCUUGCAUUUUGUUGUGACAAGUUAUGAUUGGUCCUUGGUCUAUCCUGAUGAGACAAUCAGCAUGGAUCCUCUUCCGUUACCAUCACUAGGAAUGCCAAUAAAAAUCUCUCCCAAGGUGUCAUUAUGAUAUAAUGAAUAGAAA